GCGCAGACCCGCCCCUCGUCGCCUUCCAAAAUAAUCGCGCUUUGUGUAUCCAACAUGUCGGCGCCCGUGGAGGUAGUUCUGUCUGCGGAUUCAGCGGGUCAGCUGUUUAACUGCGCGGUUUACGACCCUCAUUCCGGGUCAGAAUUCUUGUCCUAUCGCGGGGGUAACACUUCCUCCAGGUCUUUAACAGUCCUGAACGGAGAAUACAUAUUAGGAGCUCAACUCGGCAAGAACUUCAUCAACGUGUGGGAGAUCCAAAGAAAGGACCAGCUGCAGCAGAAGAUUGUGUGUCCCGGGAUCGUUACGUGUCUCUGUGCAUCUCCUGAUGGACUCCAUGUACUGGCAGGCAUUGCUGAAACUAUAUACCUGUGGGAGAUGUCAACAGGAAAUUUGCUGGCCAUUUUGAGUCGACACUAUCAGGACGUGAGUUGCGUCCGUUUCACUGAUGACAGCAGUCAUUUUGUGUCGGGAGGGAAGGACAAUCUGGCUCUCAUUUGGAAUCUCUCCAGCGUUGUUCAGUUGGAUUCGUCCCGCACACCAGAACCGCGUCACAUUCUUUCUCGUCACUCCCUCCCCAUCACCGACAUCCACUGUGGCCUAAUGGGACCGCAAGCCCGUGUUGCCACCGCAUCCCUGGACCAAACCGUUAAGGUCUGGGAAAUUUCCUCUGGGGAGAUGCUCCUGUCCGUCCUCUUCGAUGUCGGCAUCAUGUCGGUGACCUUUGACCCUUGCGAGUAUUUCCUCUUCUGCGGAGGCAGUGACGGCAAUAUUUUUCAGGUGUCUCUCUGCAGCACGAGUUUAAGCCGGGAUAAAACCUUCCAGACGGACAGCGACGGCAAUCAGGUGUUCAAAGGACACAGAAAUCUGGUGACAUGUCUGUCUGUGUCCAUGGACGGGACCCUCCUGCUGUCCGGCUCCAAUGACGAGACUGUCAGAAUGUGGGACGUUCAGAGCAAGCAGUGCAUAUGGUCCAUCAACCACAAAGGUCCUGUGACCAAUGCUGCUAUCAUCCCAGCACCUGCCAACAUGUUCCUCGCUGACAGUCAUCCAGCCAUCCCGCUGCCACGGUUCAGUCGCCACCUGAACCCCUCCGAGCAGGGUGACGGUAUGGGCUCAGGAGGCGUGUGUCUGAGACUGGGAGCCAACACACAGGAGCCAGAGGGGACGCAUUUGGAGAAAGCAGAUGAGCUCUACUCUCUGAUGUGUGCCGUCACAGACAAGAGUGUGUUUGGUGAUGGGGAGAACACUAAGGUACGAGUGUCUGAACUAGAGGAGGAGGUGAAGACCCUGAAGAAGAUCAAUAAAGAUCUGUAUGAGUUCUCCACUCAGCUCCUGACCAAACCCAACUAGAAGAGCUGUCAGCUGCGGAUCAGGUCCUCGGAACAGUCGGAUCAGUACGAGAACAA